GCGGUGCAGUCUACACCACAGAACUCGAUACAUUGAUCGCAAAGAUGGCGAAACCGGGCGCAUCCAAGAAGAACAGACAACCCUCGCUCCACUCGAGAGCCGCAAGGCGGGCGACGGACGUCGACAUCGACACCGACAAGUCUCUCAAGGAAGUCAAGGCCCCGGCCGCCGCGACCGACUUCCGGCCGUCGGUCCUCAAUGCCCAGCACAACUCUGGCGUGUCCAAGAAGACCAAGAACCGCAAGGCGCAGAUGAGCGCCAAGGCCAAGGAGAGGAAGGAAAAGGCGGCGGACCGCGCCGAGGCCAUCAUGGGGCGGACCUCGACCAAGACGGAGAAGAGCAAAGACAGGGCGCGGAGGGUCCAGACGCGGAGCAAGCAGUGGGAGGACAUCAACAAGGGUGCUAUUGCGGCCAAGAGGUUCCCCGACGAGGAGGAUUCCGAGGCGGAGCAGAGGCAGACGAAGAGCAGGACUGUCGAGGUGGCUGCUGGCAAGGGCUGGGAGACGGACGAGGAGAUGGACGGCGCUGAUGAUGAUGUCGCUGCGCCUGCGCCAGCUGCUGCUGUGUCGGCACCUCCCCCGGCAAACGACGAUUUUGACGAGGAGAUUUUGUAGUCCGUUGUCAGUUUCGGUUCAGGUUGCCCCGAGAGGUGGUCCUCGGGCUAUGAGACUCAUGAUAGAUACCCAAUGAUGACCAUUCUGCAUGCAGGUCCUCGAAA